CCUUACCAUCAGUCCACUAGUGAUCGACAGAGGCACAGAAGGACGUUCGCGUCUCGUACCUCGACAAGCUCGAAGAACCCAUUGACUUGAUACAAUGUCGGGCUUUAACUUUGGGGGUGGUGGCUCCGGCUCCAAUCCUCCCAAACAAGGAGGCUUCUCGUUCGGGAAUGCUGGCGCCUCCACACCUACAUUCAGCUUCGGAGGUGCUGGCAACACGACCUCGUCUGCUACCACCCAGGCUCCAGCAACUUCCUUCAGCUUUGGCGGCAACACUGGCAGCACUGGCAGCAUUUUUGGCGGUGCAUCCAAGCCAGCUCCCUCCACCCCAGCUGCGAGUACUGGAGGUGGAUUCAGCUUUGGAAGUGCACCAUCAGGCUCCACCUCGGCCAAUCCUUCCACAACUCCAGCCGCCGCUCCACCGACCAACAUCUUCGGCGGCGGCGGUGCUGCUUCCAAAGCGCCGGCAACAGGAGGAAUCUUUGGAGCUGCACCAGCUGCCAACAAACCCGCAGCGUCUGCUUCCGCUACCGGCACCUUCUCAGGCUUUGGAACGGCGAACGCGAACGCACCUGCAACUUCUGCGCAAGGUCAAGCGACUGGCACCACUGCGCCUGCCGCUGUAAAACCGUUCAGCUUCGGUCAGUCAACAACGCCUAGUAAUGGCGUAGGAGCUUCGCAGUCUCAAGGCGCGACCCCGGCUUCUGGUACCCCGCUAUUUGGUUCCAAGCCAGCUUCAGGUGCUAGCACCCCUUCAGCUACUCCAGCUGGAGGAUUUUCGUUCGGAGGCGCACCUGCAUCGUCCACCACAGCUCCGAAAGCAGGCGCGACCCCGACUUCUGGUACCCCUCUAUUUGGUGCCAAGCCAGCUUCAGGUACUAGCACCCCUUCAGCUCCUCCAGCUGGAGGAUUCUCUUUCGGAGGCGCAGCCGCGGCAGGAGGCGCAUCUGCGUCGUCCACCACAGCUCCGAAAGCAGGUGGCUUCUCUUUCGGUGCACCGACCAACCAACCCCCGUCUGCAGGGCCAGCCGCGUCCACAGGCUUUGGUCUGUUUGGCAAACAACCGGACAAACCAGCAGAGGCCAACAAACCUACCGAUGGUGCUGCACCUGAGGCUUCUAAACCUCAGAGCGCGCCUACCACAGCUGCACCAGGUUUCUCAGGCUUUGGCGGUGCUUUCGGAAAGCCCGCAGCUUCGACAGGUGCUUCUACUACUCCUGCUUCCAGUUCUGCGGCAGCUUCGACGGGAACUACACCAGCAAAUGCGCCCAAGCCUACCGGAACGUUCUCGUUUGGAGCAGCUCCUGCCGCAUCAGCUUCGGCGAGCGCACCUGACAGUGGAGCGGCAACACCCGCUACCGCUGCACCAUCUCAACCUCUUGGUGGCCUGUUCGGCCAAAAGCCUGCCGAAAAGACGCAUGCACCGAAAGCUUCGGAAGUUGACAAGCCUGUUACCUCAGCCACCACGGCUAACCCCACUGGCAAUCUGUUUGGUGCCAAAACUGCCUCAUCUGCUGUAGAGGCUGCCCCCACAGGCAGCCUCUUUGGUGCCAAAUCGGCACAGCCCUCAGCUUCUGCCCCAGGCACCAGUGCUGCGCCAGCGCAACCAUCUACAGCAGCGCCUGCAUCGUCCACCGCUGCUCCUGCGGCGUCGGCGGCAGCACCGGCCAAACCAGCAGCUCCUGCACCCCCACCUUCGCUGCUCAAGGGCAAGACCAUGGAGGAGAUCGUCAACAAGUGGACUAGCGAGCUGGAUCAGAGCACGAGAGAGUUUGCAAGACAGGCUGAAGAAGUCGGCAUGUGGGACGAGCAGCUGAGAAACAGCGGAGGGCAGAUCGGCACGCUAAUGUCGGCAUUACAGAGUGCGGAAGAUCGCCAGUCAGGCAUCAAUCAGACGUUGGACCAAGUAGAGCAGCGUCAGACGGACUUGGAGGCGCUGCUAGAGGCUUUCGAGACUCAGCUUGCGCAUUUGUCAGAGGGCCAGAGCGGAACCAUCUCUUAUGGUCUUGGUGGUCCCUCCAACAUGAGGACCAUGGAAAUGGGAGCUGCGGAUGCCGAGCGCGAAAGAGCCUACACCCUGGCAGAGUCGCUCAACUCUCAGCUUGAUGAUCUAUCUCAAAAUCUCUCUUCCAUGAUCACUGAAGUGAAUGCAUUAUCGGGCCACAACACCUCGAUAGUCGCUCGUCAAGCAUCUUCGUCCGAGCCUUCGCCUUCUUCACUGGGCGCGCUGAGGACCGGGGGAAGGUCGCACGCAGCCGGUACGCAAGAGACGGAUCCCAUUUCUCAAAUUGUGGCCAUCCUCAACGCACACUUGAGCAGCCUCAGGUGGAUCGAUGAGAGCGCUACGGGUCUCAAAGAAAAGGUGGAGGAUCUCAGAAGGGGCAGGGUUGGAGAGUCGGCGGCGAGAGGCGCGUCGUCGGUCGCUGCCGGGAGUAGGUACGCUUCGCCAGCUUUUGCUGGCUCGAGAGCUGGCAGCGCUGCACCCGGAUACAGAGGGGAUUCAAGCGGACUCGGCAAUACUACUCGCCGCGGAUACGGCUACUAAGCUGCGUCAUGAAUACACCCAUAAGAUUCAUGAAGCCUGGUCCAUAGGACAAUUUGUCAAUCGAUGAGGUACUUGCGUCGGUGU